UAAUAAUUAAAUAAUAGUAACAAUCAAUAAAAAAAAGAAUGAAAUUUAUAAACUUUUACAGCUAUAAAAUAAAAUAUUUAAUUUUUGUAUUUUUAGUAUUGUUUGUAAAUUAUGGUUAUUCAUUUGAGGUGUAUCUUUUAAAAUAUGACAAUCUAUAUUGUGGAGAUUUACCGUUAAAUAUAAUAGCGGCGUCAAAUUGUUCUAAUUUCGGAUUUAUUCAAGUCGCCAUCGAUAAUAGAAUCGCAAUUACCAAAGUUAACAAUACAACUAAAGAUUGUACAAAAGAAAAGGAAAUUAACGAGUUUGUAGAAUUACACCACUGUUAUUUAAAUAAAGAUGGAACAUCAUACAAAUAUAUAUUAAAUGAAAAAACAUCACCAACAUUAUUGGAUGAUUUUUGUAACGAAGUAGAUAUAAUCGAUUGUAAAAACAAUUAUAUCAAAUCAUUUAAAAAUAAUACAUGCAUUAGAGAAAAUUUCGAUGGCGUUUUUCAAAGAUACGAUUGCUCCAAUAAAAAAGAUAUUAUCAAUGUUUACCGAUGUACAGGAAAUUGUAAUGACACCAGUUGUAUACUUAAGGAAUCAUAUCCAUCCAAUGUAUCCAAGUGUGUAGAGUUACAGCCAAGUUAUAAUCCAUUCCCUCAAACACACCAUUCAACUUAUAAUGAAACCAUGGGAGCAAUAAAUGGAAAUAAAGCUAUUAAUGAUCCCGAAACUCAAACAAGUACCGAACAUAAUAAUAGUACUAUUUCACCAUACACAUACAAUCGUAACAGAAAUGAUUCAUCUAAAAAUUUUUCAAUUCUCAAAUUUUAUUUUAGCCUAAUAAUAUCAUUUUCUCUUUUAUUUAUUUUAAUAUAAAAAUAAAAAAUAGUUUUCAUUUAAUUAUAAC